GGCAAUGCUGAUAAGCGAUGCGUUUAUCUAUAGAGGAAUAGCGUCUAGAAGGCAAAACUUAGGAUGGAAUUUAAGAGUAACUUUAUUAUUUUCUUACUUCUCAUAGGAGGAUAUACAGAUAAAGUCAAAACAACCACAACACAAUCAACACAAACAACAAGAUCAGCAACAGCACCAGCAACAACAUCGACGACAACCAAUACACCAACGGCAACAACAACGCCAUCACCAACAACAUCACAAGCAUCGAAAAAAAACCCAUCAACAACGGCAUCAGAACCAAAGACAAAUGGUACCGUUGACUACACGAUGUUGCCACCUGGACAGCGGGAGGUGGCGGGGGUAGAGAUGUACUUCCGGGAGGGACCUAGUCUGUCGUCGGCGCCAGUGUUUAGUGUAUAUCUCGGUGAUGCCUUCUACAUGUUCAUAAAAUAUACAGGAAGUUACCACGUGAUCAAACCAAUGGAGUGUAAGGCAUACGCCGGUGUGGUCAUCGAUCAGGACGUGACCAACAUGGUCUUAUGGAAUAGCGCAAAUUGCUCAACUGUGAGUGGUGUUUUAGAGAGGUUUAUAAAUGUGAACAAUACCCUUUUAUUGGCUACUCUAUAUGGAUUCCAAUUCCACCAAAGUCCGUAUGUAACAAUAGAAUGUACAGUCAGUAUUUGCAAUCCAAACUCACACUGCACCGAGUCAAAGCUUUGUCAGGGAACACGUAGACGUCGAAUGAUGGCUCAUAAUCCCUCUUCUAUAGGAAAGAAGUCUUUCCGCGUUGUGUCGGGGGCUAGGAACACGGGUAGGCCCCAUGAAAUUUCAUCACUUUGGCUUUAUACUUUCUAUUGGAUGUUUGCUUUCGUAUUUUACAUUCAAUUCCACUACUGAUUAGUAAAUUCAGUUUUUUGAAACCAUGUACCAACUACCAUAGUUAUUUUAUAUACAUAUAGUUUCGUCUACAUGACAAUAUCUGAUCACAAUUAUAUGUAAAACAUUUAUAGUACAAGUAAUGAUUGAUCAAUCUAUGUCUGUUUGUUGAUAAAUCUUUGCGCCACUGUUAUAUGAAUACUGUGAUAUGAAUCUUCUCUCUCAAACAUAAGCAUAACCGCGAGCAAUUACCGUUAUUUAUCUACAAUGUACAAUCAUUCACUUGAUAAAUUCAAAUUUGAAUGUAUAUAUUGUAAUUCAUAUAAAUGUACAUGUAUUUCAACAUGAAAACUUAAGUAACGAUUUUGAAUAAAACUAUAUAAUUUUUAGCGU